AUGAUCGUCCGUGUCCGCUCCAAGGAUGGCAACUUCCGCUUCGAGCUACAGCCAACCGACGAUGCAUCGCUCCUCAUCCAAAAGGUGCUCCAGACCACUCCGGGUGCCGAUCCAAACUCGCUCACUUUCUCCAACCAGCCUCGAGGAGGAGAGUUCGAGGCCAACACUCUCAAGGGCAGUACGCUUGGAGAGCUAGGUAUUGGUCACGGGCACCUUCUCUUUGCAGCUUACGCCGAAACCGCCGCCGCUACCGCAGAUGCUUCAUCUUCCAGUGCCGAUGCUGUACCCUCUACUCCAACCGCUGAAUCAUCGACUGCACCCGCAGCAUCAGCAGCAGCAGCCGUGACUUCGUCCAGCACCACAACUUCAGCAUCGUCCUCUCGACCCAAAAAGCCAUGGGAGACUGCCAAAGAGCACAGCGUGGACACGUACUGGGAGGCACAAGAAUGCAAGAUCACCCGCAAGAAGGACUCGCAAUUCUGUCGUCACGGUCCAAAGGGUAUGUGCGACUACUGCAUGCCGCUUGAACCUUACGACUCCAAGUAUCAGACCGAGAACAACAUCAAGCAUCUUUCCUUCCAUGCAUAUCUGCGCAAGCGGGACAUUGCCACCAACAAGCCAAGUCAAUCCUUCAUCCCACCACUCGAAGAGGUCAAUUAUACCGUGAAGAAGCCGUGUCCAUCGGAAAGCCAUCCGAGUUGGCCCGCUGGUAUUUGUACUAAAUGUCAGCCUUCUGCCAUUACGCUUCAACGACAGCCAUAUCGAAUGGUCGACCAUGUCGAGUUCGCACACCCCGACCUCAUCGAGAACAUCCUCGCUUUCUGGCGAAGCACUGCUACCCAACGAUUUGGCUUCCUUCUCGGACGAUACGAGGCAUAUCCGGAUGUGCCGAUGGGCGUCAAAGCAGUAGUCGAGGCCAUUCACGAGCCACCACAAGAAGGCGAGCUUGAUGGUCUGACACUUGGCGUGCCAUGGGACGAGCAGCCUCGCAUUGAGAAGCUCGCUAAGCUCUGUGGUCUCGAGUUUGUCGGUAUGAUCUACUCGGAUUUGAGUCCUGCCGACCCAUCGCACCAAGACCCAUCCAUGACUGGAAAAGUCGUAUGCAAACGCCACAAGGAAAGCUUCUUCCUUUCCGGUAUCGAAACCAUCUUUGCAGCUCAGCUUCAACUUGGGAACCCCAACCCAUCCCGCUUCAGCUCGUCGGGUCGAUUUAACUCCAAGUUCGUCACCUGCAUUUUGAGCGGUACAGAGGACGGCGCCAUCGACGUUUCAGCCUACCAGAUCAGCGAGCAGGGAAUGGGCAUGGUGCAGGCUGACAUGAUCGAGGCCAGUGUCAAUCCCAACAUCAUUCGAGUCAAGCCUAGCGAGGGCGAGCGAUACGUCCCAGAAGUCUUCUACCGCUACACCAACGAGUACAAGAUCGACGUCAAGGAGAGCGCCAAGCCCACCUUCCCAGUCGAGUAUCUCAUUGUCAAUGCGACACAUGGUUUCCCGAACGCUCCAAACCCGACCUUCCUCAGCUCCAAGUUUCCCAUUGAGAACCGUCCGGGACUGCACGACCAAGAUCUCACAGUCGCACUCACCAGCAUUGGCAAGAUCGUGGGGCAGAAGGAGCUGUACCCUGUUGGCGAUGGCGUGGAGAGCACCAAGGGCAAGUCGCGAGCGGACGAUGAUCAGGUGCGGGAGAAGCUCGUCGGCGCUCUCAGUGAUUGGCAUCUGCUUGCUUUCCUCGACACUAGUGGCUUCCUGGACCAGGAUGACAUGGCUGCUCUCUGUCGCCUUGCCACAGCCCAUGACUCUGGCGCUGCACUCGACGCGCUCCUUUUGCGCCCCGGUUGGCAAACACUCAUGGCGCUUGCCCGCGAACACGCUCCGUCUAGCAACAGCGAGAACAAGACUGCUGCGCCACCGAAAGAUGAUUUCACCUACGACGGAGGCAUGGACUCAGACGACGAUGUUGGAUUUGACGAUGCCAAUGAGCACUUUUACGAUAAUGGACAGGGCGACGAUGACGAUGACGAUGUCCAGAUCUCGCACGUGCGUCGAGCAUCUGCCAGAAAUGAAUCUAGCGAUGCGGACGCAGCGACAGCGGCCGCCAUUGCUGCUGCGUCAGCAGACGACGGACCGGCGGGCGUCAAAGUAUGCUCUCACUGUACCUACCACAACGAGUCGAGUGCCAUCGAUUGCGAGAUCUGCGGUUUGCCCCUCUAA